UGCAGGGGAGGUGCUCCUGGGGUGUGGCAGCUCAACGCUAAUGGGCCACAAAACGAGCCGUGAAGGUGCGCGUUGCGAGAAUAACAAUAAUACUUAAUACUUGUCGCCGCUGGGCGGUUUCUUUCGGUGCCCCCACCAACAACCAUCCUCUGGCGAGAUGGCAAACAGAGCAGGCCAGUGGAAGUACAAAGACAGUACACUAGAAAUACACGCCACAAUGACAACUUUAUGUCCAAGUGGACAGUGGAUCCAAGUGCUUAAAAUGGCAUUAGUAAAAUGUUGGCUAGAUGCUGUUUCAAACAGCAAAUCAAAGUAUUCCCACAAUUAGUUAUAUUUAACAAAUUCAUUCAAACUUUAGGUUUGAAGUGAGUUGCCAAAACGAAAGACUUAGGCAACGAACUAGCUUUUGGCCCACUGUGCGCGGCAGCAACACCCUCGUCAAACGCUAUCGACUGUCAAGUGGCACAUGGUGCCAUGGUCUUAUGGGUGCCCGUGAGCGUAAGGAGAUAAUUGGGAUGAUGUGGGCGUGCAGCAGCAGCAGCGGCAACAACAACAACAACAACAAUAACAACAACAACAAUGCACUCGACAAAAAGCAGCGAAAUAUCGAUGAAGAAAGAAAGUUCGUGGCACCGAACCUCCCACUCCGCCCAACAUUGCCCAUUGUCCCACUGUGCUCGUCGGCAUGUGUGUGUGCGUGAUUGUAUGUGUGUGUUGGUGUGUGUUGGUGUGUGUUGGUGUGUGUGUGUGUGCAUUGGUUUUGAAGUGGCCUUUUUCGGCAUUUAGCCGCCAGCGAUUGACUGACAUUCGAUGCCCACUCUCGCUUUCAUCGACUCCGCCAGGCUGGUAGUAGAAUCUACCUGGAAAGCAUCGUACACCUCCAACUCGUUUGCACCAUUCACUUCAUUCAUACUUUUGUGAAUUUUAUGGAGCUGCCACUUUCCACUUGGAAAUCAGCUUGAAAUGUGUGAACCUAUAUGAUGUGGUGGGGUACUUGAUUUGUAAUGGUUCUACUUAGUUUAGAGAUCGCUGGUUUAUUUACCUAUUGAGCCACUUUAAUAGUUAAAGGUUAAUUCGUAUUUAUUUAAUAGGAUUUAUUACAUGUAUGGGCAUCGAUAAGGAUGUUAACCAAAUUGGCAAUUAGCAAUAGUUUGUGCAUUUCACGCCACAACAUUAACGCAUCUAUUAGAUUCAUUAUCAGUCGGUUGCCAAAUGGUAAAGCAAAUCGAGAGGCACUUGCCCCAAGCAACUACAUACAUAUAUGUAUAGCUGACUAUUGGGACAAUUUCACUACUUGACCCAGGCAAUGGCGAUGGCGAUGGCGGUGGCGAUUGCAAUUACUUGAACUCUCGCUCUUCCUCAAUUGUCAUUUGAUAAACUCCACUUAUAAAGUGAAAGGAGCGCGCGGUAAAAACAGCAAUGGAACCAAACCGAUGGAACCGGCAAUUGUUUGCCCGCCAACGAGGUGCGGUUGAUUAGAGAGCAGAGCGUGGGUAAUACCAAUACAAAUAUAUAAUAUUCGAGUGCAAAUAAAAAAGCGACAAAACAACUUAUUCAGAAAUCAUGUCAAUGAGCAAAUUGGAAACUUUUAAAAAAGCGCGCCAGCACAACACGCAAGAUACAUGAUGAUCAGCGUGUGAGUUCGUGUGCCAAAUCCGAGGAAUCACGGGUGCGUCCUGCUGCAUUUGCUCAAUAAAUAUUUACACACAUAUAUAUAUAUAUAUAUAUAUAUAUAGCACGAUUUCAAAAACGAUUGCUAUGACAAUGCGCAUUGCAGUUAACACGCCAUUGCCAAUUGACAUCGUUUAUCACAAUUGGGGCCCCCGCUGAUUCAGCGAUUCAGAUCGAGAUCGAGAUCGAGAUUGAGAUUGAGAUCGAGAUCGAUAUGGAAAUGGAGCUUCAGAAUGAUUUGCUGUGCAUAUAGAAAGUCGAUCACUCGAUAAUUGUGACAGCUGAUGGCACUUGCGCACUUGCGCACUUGCGCACUUGCGGAGUGCUACAUUUAAUAUUUAAUUGGGAAAAAGUUAUUUAUGGCAUCGGAAGCUCAACAGUGCUUAACUGCAGAGCUGAAAUGUGUGCAGUGAUAUUUGCCUUAUUUUCACUUUAUUUUCUCAUUACAACUUCUCUUAUUAUAUGUGUAUGUUAUAAGUAGGAAUUAGUCAAAAUAUAUAUUUAUUUGGCAUAUAUUAUAAUAACCUUCUUAAGGCAGCUAUAAGUCUAUAGAUCCUAACCGCUUUAUGUGAGUUUCUCAAGAAAUUUUGGGGGCUUAUCGUGGCAUUUGAUCUGUUAUAGCAGUGCAUAUAUACAUAUAUUUCGAUUAUCAAUUUCGUGUUAUGCGCCGCAUCGAUCCCGAAAGAAAGCGAGAGCGACCAGGCGACCUGGUCUAUGGUAUGGGUAUGGGUAUGGGUAUGGGUAUGGAAAUGUGGGAUCGUUGUCGCAUUCGAAGAUGGUUGAAAUGCUGGGCGGCAGAUAUGGUUAUGCCGAUGACACUUGCUGGGGGGAUUAACAUAAGAGUCUCUCACAAGGAAGAGAGCCACGGGGCUUCGGACACUUGGAAGACACACAUUAACAUACAUAACAAGUUCCACUCUUUUUGAUGGCCAGUGUAAGCGGGCAGCGACGUCGACGGCGGCAGAGCGACGCCGACUGCGGCGGUGGCAGCGUGGAGAGAAAUAUCGAAAAUGAAAUGGCAAUACUUUCCCAGCGUUGGUAUAAAAGCGCCACUCCACCAAUGGGACAUGUCUCAUUACGGUUCACAGUCAGAUCCCGCUAAGAUGUACAACGCGAGAUCGCGUGGCAGCGCUGCCAACGAGGGGAUUUCCCCCAAAAGAAUAGUCACCAUCGGCUCUCUGCUCCUAGUCCUUAACCUUGGUUUUAACCAGGUGGCGUCCAUGUCGCUGGAUCGCCUCGCACUCGAGAGGAACGAGCUGCCAGCGGAUCAACAGCAGCCGCAGCCGCAGCAGCAGGAUGUUCUCGUGGACGACAUGAAGCUCACCUCCAUUCCAUCAGCCGACUCAUCGGACAUGUAUAUGCUGGUGCCCGAUACGGUGGCCAGCCAACUGGAAGACACCGAGCACGUCAAUCGCAACUCCAUUGAAGCCGAUCCCGAAUCGGAACCCUCAGGCUCAUCAUCCUCCGACAUGCUGGCGCUGGAGAGCGAUUCCAGCCCGGCCAUGCAGCUUGUGGAGCUGCCCAGCGACAUCACGGUGGCCGAAUCCCAGCCAGAAACGGAGCACGACGACGCGGAGAACGAACAACAGCAGCCCGAGUCCAUCGAGGAACAUGUGGUCCUGAUGAAACCAGCUAGCCAGGAGGCUCAGCUGGAGCAAACCGUGGACUUGGCCACCGAAUCGGCACCAGUUCCCUUAAACGAUGAACAGCCAGAGGAUGAGAAAUCUCCUGCUGCCACCGAAAGUGCCGUGGAGGAAUUGGAAGAGGAAUCCGCAGCUGCCAUGGAUGAUCAAGUGCCCGAGGCAUCGGAAACUCAGCCGGAACAGGUGCAACCAGAGGAAUCUCAGUCAGAAUCUGAUGGUGAACAGGCGGAGAGGAAGCCAGAGAUUGAAGCUCAGCCAGAAGUGGAAGCUCAACCAGAAGUGGAAUCCCAGCCAGAAGUGGAAUCCCAGCCAGAAGUGGAGUCCCAACCAGAAGUGGAAUCCCAGCCAGAAAUGGAGCCCCUACCAGAAGUAGAGUCCCAGCAAGAAACGGAAUCCCAGCCAGAGGUUGAAACCCAACCUGAAGUGGAAUCUCAGCCAGAGGUUGAACCUCAGCCAGAAGUAGAAGCCCAGCCAGAAGCUGAGUCUCAAUCAGAACCUGAAUCCCAGCCAGAAGUGGAAGCCCAGCCUGAAGUAGAAGCCCAACCAGAGGCUGAAUCCCAGCCAGAAGCAGAGUCCCAGCCAGAAAAGGAACCCGAAGUCGAGGCCGAGGCCGAGAAGGUCAGUGAUAACGAGGUGGACACCACGGAGGCAUCCCUGAUGGAAACCCUGGUCGAGGGCAUUGAAGAUGGCCUAACUGCCGCUAUGGACAACCUGGUGCCCGAAGAAUUGGCCGAGGCCAGUGACCACCAGGUACCGGAGCCGGAAAGCGAGGACCAACAGUCCCCAGUUACAGAAGCCAUAGAAAUUGAGCAGGAAAAGGUGAAGGAACAGGAACAGGAAAAGGAACCCGAGCAGCCAGCCUUGGCCGAUGCAACGGAUCCGGAUUUUAUUGCCCAGCCUUCGAAUGACGAGCCAGUCGAGAUUGCCCCAGAGCAACAAGUUCAAGCGGAGAUUGCGCCUGCUGAAAUUCCAGAGGAAGCCAAGCCAGAGGAGGAAGUUCAAAUUGAGGAGGAGGCUAAGCCACUUGAAGAAUCCAAGCCCGAGGAGGAAAUCAAGCAACAGGAAGAUGCCAAGCCAGAGGAGGAGGUCCAGAAUGAUGCCGAGACCCAGCCAGCUAUUCCCGAAGUGAAACCAGAAGAAACUGCUGAUGAGAUCCCUGCCGAGAUUCCUGCCGAGAUCGCUGCUGAAAUCCCAGCUGAAACCCCUGCUGAAAUCCCUGCCGAGAUCCCUGCUGAAAUCCCAGCCGAAACCCCAGCUGAAACUCCUGUUGAAACCCCUGCUGAAACUCCAAUGGAAAUCCCAGCUGAACUCCCUGCUGAUCCUCUUCCAGUUCAGGUUCUCGCUGAAGUUCCAGCGGAAACCCCAGUUGAAAACACUCCAGAAGUGCCAGCUGAAAUCCCAUCUAAGCAACAAGAUGAAAUCCAAUCCGACUCGACCCAAAACGAAGUCCAAGUGGAGCAGGAAGCCCAGCAGCCAGAGAAGGAAACCAAGCCCAUCGAAUCGUCCCUGCUGACCACCAUCAUUCCCAUGGUGGUGCCCCAGCCCCAGGUGCCAUCGCAACCCAUUCAGGUGCAGGAUAGUGUGCUGAACUACGUCAACGCCUCGUUCCUGCAUCAGCAGCAGCAGCAGCAGCAGCAGCCAUCGGAAACGAAUCUGCCCAAGACGGAGGAGGAGUCACCAUUCAAUGCCCAUCUGCGGCGCUAUGAUGGCGCCCAAGUGUGGCGCAUCGUGGUCCAGACCGACAAGGAUAAGCGAAUGGCCGACGAACUGCAGUCCAAAUAUGAUGGCCAACUGUGGAAGGAGGUCAAGCAGGAGGUGGACUAUCUGCUGAAGCCACAAGUCUUGGCCGCCGCCGAGCGCCACAUUCGCGCCGCUAAUCUUUCCCGGAUCGUACUCAUCGACAAUCUGCAGCGAGUCAUCGAGAAGGAGAAUCCCCCAGCGGAGAAGAUUGCCGAACUCCAGAACCGCAAGGGACAUCGCCUCACCUGGCAGGCCUACCAUCGCCUGGAGGACAUCCAUGGCUUCAUUGACUACAUGGCCAAAACCUAUCCGGAUAUUUGCUCCACGGAGAUCAUUGGCUACUCGGUGGAGAAGCGACCACUGAAGAUUCUCAAGAUUUCCAAUGGCAAUGCCCGUAACCCUGGCAUCUGGAUCGAUGGUGGCAUGCAUGCACGCGAGUGGAUCAGCCCGGCCACGGUCACCUACAUUGCCAACCAGCUGGUCGAGGGAUGGGAGGAUCUGCCCGAGCACAUGCGCAGCAUCAACUGGUACAUCCAUCCGGUGGCCAAUCCCGAUGGCUACGAAUACUCGCACACCACCGAUCGCCUCUGGCGCAAGAACAUGCGCGCCCAUGGCCGCCAGUGUCCCGGAGUGGAUCUGAACCGUAACUUUGGCUACAAGUGGGGCGGCAAGGGCACCUCCGCCAGUCCCUGCUCGCAGACGUAUCGCGGCAGCAAGGCCUUCUCCGAGCCGGAGACCUUCUACAUCUCCAAGUUCAUCAGCGGAUUCCCGCGCGAAACCUUCCAGGCGUACCUCUCGUUCCACAGCUAUGGCCAGUACAUCCUGUAUCCUUGGGGCUACGACUACCAGCUGACCCAGGAUCGUGCCGAUCUGGAUCGUGUGGCGCGACAGGCGGGAACGAGCAUCACCAAGUCGACGGGCGUGAAGUAUACGGUGGGUUCCUCCGCCACAACUUUGUACCCGGCCGCCGGCGGCUCCGAUGACUGGGCCAAGGGCAUAGCGGGCAUCAAGUACGCCUACACCAUUGAAAUGGGCGACACCGGACGUUACGGCUUCGUCCUGCCCGCCCGCUUCAUCCAGUACAAUGGCAAGGAUGGCGUGACCUUCGCCGAUACCGUGGCCAGGGCCAUUGCCCAGGGACGCGGAAAGUCGGUGGCCAGGAACAGCAGUGGCAGCCGGAGGCGUGGCCACUAGUCUGGAUACUUAGCUCAAUGCGAUUUGUUUGUAAAUCAGCCUAAUGAUUUUUUUUUUUGCUAUUUAUAUGAAUACUAUUUAUUUAUUUAUUUAUUCUACUUGUAACUAGACAAAUUGAACACACACAAAAGCACACACA